AUGGAUAAAUAUAUCAAUCAACAAAUAAACAAUGGUAAUUACAUUGAAAUCAACCCUGAAGACCACAGAGACCAGUAUCAACUCCAUUUCGUAGCCUACAACUUUGUUGUAUCUUCCACCAGCUCGUCCACCAAAGUUAGAAUGACCACGGACAGCUCUAUGUGCACCGAGACCAGCCUCAGCCUCAACAACGUGUCCCAACCUGCCCCUGGAAAUGUUCCCAAUAUGAGAGGAAUCCUGUUACGCUCCAGAUGUCACCCUCAUUUUGCAGUUUAUGAUAUUCAGAAAUUCUUCAGAUCUGUACUCACCUCUACCAAGGACUCCUUCCUCAGAAUAAUGUGUGUUCCCUCCAAUUUCUUUUCCAGCGAUCCUGCUCUUAAUCCUACCUGGAGAUAUUUCAGGGAUCAGGCAAUCCCUUUCAUUGACAGUGCGUCCGGCGAUUAUGCAACCUGUGCAAAAAAAUGCAACUGUCAAGACAUUCAUCACAGAUUCCCCCCCCCCCACCUCCAGCCUGCCAUCCUCCAAGCAAUCCUGGAGGACACAUACAUCGACGACGGAGGGGUGGGAGCUAACUCUCCAAGUGAACUCUCUACCCUGCAACGAGAAGUAGAGAGAAUUCUCAACAAAGGAGGAUUCUUUAUUAAAACCUGGGAGAAAUCCGGGGAGAAUGGAACCAGUAAGUACCUGGGUAUGACGUGGGACAGACUCAGGGACUUAUACAGCUUGAAGUUUCGCCUCAACCUCCAUAAGAAGUCCCAUGGAAUUCCAUCCGCUGCAGAUUUAGACUCAGAGUUCUUGCAAGACGAAUCCAUCCCUGUCACCAAGAAGAACGUUCUAUCCGUUGCGUGCCAGUUCUAUGAUCCCUCAGGAUUAGCUGCCCCCCUCAUGUUCUCUGUCCGAGCACUGUUCAGUGAGAUCUGCCGCGAUCCGCAGUGUUCUAUCAACUCAAUCCUGUCCAAGGAACGUACUACUAAGUUCAGAGAUGCAGUCAGAGAGAUCCUGCUCACAAGGGAAUUAUUUUUCCCCAGGCAGGUCAUUUUUCAAUACCAGGCUCAACUCUUCAUUUUUUUCGACGGUUCUCUGCAAGGCUAUGAAGCUUGUGUGUAUGCUCACUCUGACGAUCAGUUCAACCUCAUCUCCAGCUCCUCAAAGAUAUUGGGAAAGUCUGCAUUUUCCGCUCCACAAUCUGAAAUGGCUGGAGCCUUACUCGCCUCCAGGAUGGAGCAAAAGAUCAAUCAGGAACUCUUCAAUGUCUCUCUCUCCUCUCCUACGUUCAUUGGAGACUCAGAGAUCAUCCUGAGAAUGAUCGCUAAAAACUAUUCAGCUGGAAAUCCUGUAUUUUACGGAGUCAGACUAAUGGAAAUCCUAGCUGCGUCCUCACCCAAUAAUUGGUUCUGGUGUCCUGGUAACCUCAACCCAGCUGACCUGCUCACCAGAUCCGGAACCAGCUGUGCGCAGGUCAACUCAGAAUACUGGUUGAAUGGUAGUUUCUUACCUCAGAACAAGUCCUCAUGGCCCAUCAUCCCCUGUUCUUCCAUCACCUCUGGUGAGAUUCCCACCAGGACGGUCAACCUCGAGAGAUUAUCCCCAGAUAACCCUUCCCGGGAAUAUAUUUUGAGUCUUCUACAUCACGAACAGAGCCUCUCCACAGUUAUCCGGGCUCUAAACCUUCUCCUCAAGGCUUGCAGAUCCUGGAGAAAUGAUCCUACUCGAGAAAGAAUUGUCCAGGGAGAACUCACUACUACCUGGAGUUCUAUUAAAUCUUCCAUCUUGUCCUCAGUCCUCAAGUGUUUUACCACAGAGUCGGCACUCAUCAUUGCCAACAACAAGAUGAAACACCUCGUCAUUCAGCUGGUGGAUGGGGUAUAUUAUGUAUCAGACCGCAGCUUCCGUUCCAAAAUCGGGGUUCCUCUCAUCUGCAAGAAGACUAUUCUCGCCAAAUGCAUCGUGAACGAUGCUCACGCUGAUCUGGGUCACGGUAGAGAUGUCCUCCAUGUACUUGCACAUAUUCAGACCAGCUUCUUCAUUCCUGGAAUUUGUAAGAUGAUCACUGCUCUAAAGAAAUCUUGCCCUGGAUGUAUCAAAUUGAACAAGAUUCCAUUCGCAGCAUUUGAAGCUGAUGUCCCUGACGUCCUCAAAUCCAUCCAACCCCCCUUCUCCUACUGCCAAGCUGACAUCUUCGGACCUGUGUUUGCACAGAAAGACGGUAACAAGACCAAGAGAUGGAUCCUGGUAAUCCUCUGUCUUUCCAGUUUCAGGGUGCAUCUAGAAAUCCUACACAACUACAGCGCCCAGAGUAUCACCAGAGGUUUUAAUAGAACAUUCGUUCUGAGAGGCACCCCUCGCAUCAUCUGGAUUGAUGCUGGACUGAACGUUGUCAAGGCUGGCAAGGACCUGGUCAACACUGAGAUGAAGGUCAUCUCCAACCUCAAUUUGAAAUUCACGUCUAUCGAAUUCAGAGUUACUCUACCUAAACAUCAUGCCGGUAUUGGAGCUGUGGAAAGAAUAAUCGGUUCCAUCAAGAAUACUGUCAACAAAUCCCUCAACGGACCACACCAGCUGAUCAUGGAUGACGAAGAACUACUUACCUGGACGCAUGGAGUCAUUAAAAAACUUAACAACAGACCGCUGAUCCUUGGAGCACCACUUGGAAUCACCCUCACUCCUAACCACGUUCUCCAUGGGUUUCGAGAGUGUUUCAGAGAUGAGGUCAAUCCUACAACAUCCAUCAAUCAACAGAUCUCCAGGUGGAAUGUUGUCCUCAACUUGUUCCAUUCAUUAUGGGAGCAAGAGUACACCAGACGCAAGUUCACUGUCACCUGGAAGGACCAGGGCAACCCCCCUCAGGUUGGAGAUAUAGUUCUGUUCAAGAAUGAACCUAUAUACAACAAUCCACUCUCAGCUGCCAGGGUGGAGCAGCUCCUCUGCAGAAAGAACAGAGACGUCUAUGGUGCUACUAUCAGCUAUCGGCGUGAAGUAGGUGGACGCAAAAUAGUAGUGGACAGACACCUCAACCAACUCUACCCAUUCAUGAACCUAGAAGCUCAAUGUCCUCAAGAAACAGUUCCCAGCCUGACCUCAGACUCCACAGAAGCAAGGAAUCUAGCCCCAAGUUCCAGACCGGAACACACACAGGACGAAAUCCUCGCAGAGCUCAACGAAAUCAAUCAAUAG